AUGUCGUUGCGCCCGGACGAGCAUUCGCGACGGUCGCGUUCCAAGUCGCCAGGGCGCGCAAGGGAGCGCAGCCGCAGUCGCAGCCACAGCCAUGUGCGCGCUGAGUUUGGGCCGGGUCAGCAUUACAGUGCACAAGAGUACGCACCAAUGGGCACCCCUCAGUACGAGACCAGGCAGCCACUCGGGUAUCCAACCAGAAGCGCGAACGAGCCCGUCACCAUGGGCAACUAUGCAGAUCUGCCCCCCGAGCAGCGCCCUGCCUACCUGCAGCAGGCACAAGCGGCCGCCCAAUACCAGCAGCCCGUGUACUCGCAGCAGGGCAACAUCCAGUACACGACGACGCCCAACACGGGCCAGCAGUUUGCAUACACGACGGCGCCCGCGAGAGACGCCGCCGGCAGCUUCCAGUAUGCGCAGGCGCCCGACAAGAUCACCUUCAGCGCGACGCCCGUCGCCGGCGCCGCGCAGCAGCAGCAGCAGCAGCCCGCCAUAAGACACACGGCCCAACCCAUGAGUCCCACGUAUGCUCCACCACCAGCGCAGUAUGCUGCCGUCUCACACGCUCCCGCCGCGCCGCCCGUGGGCCACCAGCCGCCGUACCCCCCGCCGCCCAUGGGCACGCACUCGGGCUACGAUGGCCGCAGGGUCGUCGAGAUGGUCCCCGGCGGCGGCGGCGGAGGGAGGUCCAAUGCGCCGCCGUCGCCCGCCAUGCGCCCGCACAGUCUCUCCGUCGGCGGCGGCGGCCCCGGGCUCACGCAGGGCAUGGACAGGCUGUCCGUGAGCGGGAGCCGACCAGACCUGCACGGCAUCGUCCCUGGCGGCAUGCCGGGAAGCUUCCCAGGCGGCGGCGGGCUGCCUCCACCUAGUCCGCUACUGGAAGCGUACCGGGGCGUGUACCAGUCCAUCAGCCCGAUGCCACAGGCCAUGAUGCUCGACGACGACGACGUCGACCACCUGCAGCCCCUCGACAGCCUCUCUCCGCGCGAGUCCAGGCAGUCGGUCCACGGUCGACGCCGCGCGCACUCGCGCUCCGGCCGCUCCCCCAGCCCGCUCCCCCCCUCGAGGCGCAAAGACAAGCUCGCCCUCGAAGCGUACAACUCAGACGACCGCAAGGAAGAGCGCCGCGCCCGCGUCUACGACGCCGAACCCGACGCGCUCGCCAUUGUCGACGCCCUGUCCGCCCGAACCCCCGACGUCGACGCGCUCAUCGACAUCCUGCCUGCGCUCUCGCACGACCAGAUGCUCGAGCUGCGCACAGAAUACAAGCGGCACUGCAAGGUGCAAGGCCGGGGGAUCAACAUGGCGAAACACAUCAAGCUCAAGACCAGCGGCAAUCUGGGCAAGAUCGCCUACGUGACGGCGCUGGGGCGGUACGAGGGCGAGGGCUACUGGGCGAACUACUGGUACCAGAGCAACAGCGCGCGACGAGAGCUGCUCAUCGAAGCGCUCAUGGGGCGGCAGAACCACGAGAUGCGCGCCAUCUGCGACAGCUUCAAAGACAAGCGGUACGGCGACUCGCUGGUCAAGUGCAUGGACAAGGAGCUCAAGGCGGACAAGUUCCGCAAAGCCGUGCUGAUGGCGCUCGAGGGCGAGCGCCAGGAGGAGAGCGACGUCUGGCCCGUCGACUACCGAAACCGCGACGUCGACACGCUGUACAAGGCGCUGCAGGCGCGCGAGGGCGGCGAGAGCGCCAUCCUGGGCGUCGUCGUCCGCCGCUCCGACGCCCAUCUGCGCGACUGUCUGCGCACGUACGAGCGCAAGUACCAGGGCAGCUUCGCGCGCGACUGCCUGCGCAAGAGCAACAACCUCGUCGGCGAAGUCAUCGCACACAUUCUCAACGGCGUCAUCAACCGCCCCGCCCGCGACGCCAUGCUGCUGCACCACGCGCUCGUGGACCUCAUCGAGCCGCCUGCGGCGGGGGCGCGCUCGAGCCGCGACAAGACGAGCUCCAAGCACGAGCGCCAGCAGCGGUACGAGCUGCUCGUCAGCCGGCUUGUGCGGCUGCACUGGGACCGCAUGCACAUGGCGCGCGUCAAGGCAGAGUACGAGGACAAGUACGGCCGCGUGGUCGAGGAGGACGUCGAGGAGGCGACCAAGGGCGAGUUCAGGGACUUUUGCCUCGCGCUGUGUCAGGCGGCGCGGUGA